GUUGAGACUUAUGACGUCAGUAGCCUGCGACGUGUGACUGAACGUCGCUGUUUGCGUAUUUAUGUGGUUUAUUGUGUGUGUUUAGAAUCUAACCGGACUGUUUCCUCCUCUCAAACCGGUCCCAGCCUCAGGAUGAUUGACACCGAGAGGGGAGCUGAUGAUGCUGGUCCGGCCGUCCACAGCAGGAAGGAGAACAAGGAGACAGAGAAGAAGAAGCGCUCUCGGGUCAAACACCUGCUCGCCGAUGUGAAGAAGCAGGUGGAGUUCUGGUUCGGAGAUGUCAACCUGCACAAGGACCGCUUCCUGAGAACACUCAUCGAUGAGUCAGAAGACGGAUAUGUUGAUAUAUCUGUGUUGGCAAGCUUCAAUCGAAUGAAAAAGCUGACAACGGACACCAAGCUGAUUGCGAGGGCGGUGAAAAAUUCAUCUGUAGUUGAGGUGAACUUGGAAGGCAAUAAAGUGCGACGCCAGCUUCCAAUUGGAGACAUACCAGAUGAUACAGACAGCCGCACAGUCUAUGUGGAACUUUUGCCCAAGGAUGUGACCCACAGCUGGAUAGAGCGAGUGUUUACAAAAUGUGGGAAUGUGGUGUAUAUAAGCAUCCCCAGAUACAAGUCUACAGGUGACCCCAAGGGUUUUGCAUUUGUUGAGUUCGAGACAGAGGAACAAGCAAAGAACGCCAUAGAGAUGCUGAACAACCCCCCUGAAGAUGCUCCCAGGAAACCAGGGAUUUUUCCCAAGACGAAAAGUGGGAAGAAUUUUACUCUGCCAGCUGACAAUCCACCAUCAGGGGAAGAAGAGGAGAAGAAAAGGAGAAAGAAGAAGAAAAAGAAAGAAGGCUCCACAGUGCCAAUGUCUGCAGAAGCCAAAGAGCAGGCGAUGGAAGCAGAGCCAUCAGAGCAAAAGAGGAAGCACUCCGCAGUGGGGGAUUUUCAACGAGAGGGAGCCAGCACUCAGAAAACCCCGGCAAAAUUGUCCGAGAAAAAAAGACGACGGUCGCAGACAGUGGAGGGAUCUGACAGUGACGUACCAUCAAAGAUAAGAAAAACUAGUGAAAGUGAAUCUCGAGAGAAGGAGAUGGAUGUUGCAAAGACUGAUCCACCCACUGACACCGAGAGAGGGGUAGAGGAAGGGAAAGAAAACAGAGAUGAUUCAACAGUCAAAGCAAAGAGGAAGCGAAAAAAGAAGCACAAGGAAAAACUGAAAAUUGGGGAGGAAGUCAUCCCACUGCGAGUUCUGUCAAAGAAAGAGUGGCUUGACCUGAAGGUGGAGUACUUGACCUUGCAGAAGCGCAGCAUGGCGUCGCUGAAGAAGUGCAUGAGUAAGAUCGAUCACAAGGAGCGCAAAGAGCACAAGGAGCACAAGGGUCGAAUGGAGAUAGAGGAUGAGCCUCAAGAUGGAAACGUAGAGAAGAGUCACAAAAGUGAAAAAGCAGCGACCCCGGGCCCUCAGUUUACCAGCGGUGUCAUCUUGAAGAUCACAGACAUCAAUCCGCUACCAGGGAGAAAGUUCCUCAAAGAUGCCUUGAGUAAAAUAUCACAAGUGGCAUACAUUGACAUUUUGGAGGGAGAUGCUGAGGGUCACAUCCGCUUUCACACCCCAGAGGAGGCCAAAGCCGUCAGUGAUGCCCGAGCUGAGCUGCAGAGGGAGCACAGCUGGAAACUGGAAAUUCUGUCAGGUGACCAUGAACAAAGAUACUGGCAGAAGAUCCUCGUGGACCGCCAGGUCAAGUUGAACCGUCCGAGAGAAAAGAAGCGCGGCACAGAGAAGCUCAUAUCCAAAGCCGAAAAAAUCAUCCUUGCCCGGGCCAAGGAGGCGACUAAGCACAUCCGUUUUCAAGAAGACUGACACCUGCUGAAACAAUAUCAUUUUUUCAAUUUUACAAUCAUUCAUGUUGAACUCUGUUGAUUUUACAUGAUGUGAUUCGAGGGGGGAGAGUCUAUGUUAAUGUGUAUUUUGUUUGACACACGACUUGAACCACAGUUAAUGAGUUAAAACGUCCGCUUUUUCUUCGUCUGCACUGGAACUUUCAAGAUAAUGUGAAGUGUUACUAUGCAUAUACACAUUUGGACAUUUUUAAAAUUGAUAUCUUUUUUUUUUUAACUCUGUAUAUGAUGUAAAUAUAACUGCUUUGAACGUUCUUCCAGUCGAGAUUAAUUCAGUUUGAAUUCUACUUGUCUUGUUGUUUUUUCUUUUUCUUUUUUAACUAAAACUUCAUUAUUUCAUGAC